AAUACAUGAAUUCCAUAAAUGCAAAUGUUCGUUUUUCCCGCUGCGAGUACUGCGCCUCGUCAUAAGCAAGCCAUCAAGCAAGUGACUAAUCAUAGCAUCGUCACUACAACAAUGGAGGACGUAUUGGAAGAGGUUGUUUCUUCGGAAGAUUUGAAAAAAUUUGAACGAAUUUAUCAUGAGCAACUACAUGCUUCCAACGUCACGCAAAAAGUGCAGUUUGAAUAUGCUUGGUGCUUGGUCAGAAGCAAGUACUCAGCGGACAUUAGGAAAGGAAUAAUAUUGUUGGAAGAUUUAUUCAACAAAGAUGGAGAGACAGGAAAACGUGAUUGUCUCUAUUAUCUAGCUAUUGGGAAUGCUAGAAUAAAGGAAUACACCAAGGCACUGUCCUAUGUCAGAGCUUUUCUCCAGAUCGAACCAGGCAACCAACAGGUCCAACAUUUAGAAACCACAAUAAAAAAGAAAAUGGAUAAAGAGGGACUAGUUGGCAUAGCAGUAGCCGGCGGUGUGAUAGUCGGAAUUGCUAGUAUUCUAGGCUUGGGAAUAGCAAUGGCGAAAAAAGGUUAAUAUCAUCUAGUCGUCUAACGAAAUCUACCUGAAAAGAAGAGAAAAUAUGUAUAUUUCCAUCAAUGAUAAUGAACUGCGUAUACCACAUGAGGUAUAUAAAACAUCAAGUUAGAAAGCUACUAGAACCCAUUUUGCUAAUGUACGCGUAGUCGUGAUUUUGAUAUAUUAGUGGUCUAAUCUCGUCUAUUGCCUUUCUUUUUGUGCUUUAAAUCCAAUAUUAGAUCCAUCAUACUUGGCCUUCCACACGUUUUGCUAACGUCCAUUGAUGAAAGCAUACAAAAUUUUGUAGUCUUGGCAACAUCUCCGUACACAAGGAUCGGUUUAUAACGUUUUUUUUUUCAUUCAGUAUGCCACAUAUUAGACAUAACUAAAUCUACGAGAACAUAGGUAAUUACCAAAGGUUAUAUAUUUUGGGACACAUUCCAAAAUCUCGAGCAAUGUUUUCUUCGUUAUUAUAAUACGUUCUUAUUGUAUAGCUUCCUUACUUUAAUUUAUGGUGAUAAACUCGAUUAUCUUAUUUAUAUAAACCUCAAUCUAUGUACGCCUACAAAUAUUAAUAUAUUUAAACAGUUAUACUAGAAAAUCUCUCUUAAUUUUCGGCUGUGUAUUGGGCUUACCGUGUAUAUACCCUAUAAUAUGAGAGUGAACUUGCUGCAGUGUGUAAUGGAUGAAUAUCUAUGUUGUUUAUUGAAUUCCAAAUACAGUCUUUGUUUCUAAGUUCAAA